AUGAAGCAAGUUAAAUUCGUCCCACACCAAUCUCAAUGGACCGAUGAAGAGUUUCAAGCCAUGGUUGAAGACGUUGAGAACGACAUAGACGGCGACCAUGAAAUUAAACGGAAAUUAGCUAGGAAGGAAUAUAAAAUGGACUGGUUGCCACCACCUCCACCACCUUUACCUGUUCCUCAAGUAAAUAAGCCUUUCACGUUCCCAAGAAUUCCCACAUUUAAAUUCAAAUUCGAAUAA